AUGCAGGCUGCAAAGGGUCGGGGUAGAGGGGUGCUGGCUCUUCUGAAUUGUAAAACUCCAUUAAGAAAGCCGAAAGCCUUUCAGAUCGAGACAAGCAGCGUUCACUGUGAUAUUGACACCAUUACCUCCCCAGAAAUCAAGUACACGUCUUCUUGGGCAGAUUGUGAGACAGACACUGGAGACGGAUUCAAGGAGGGACAGAGCUUAAUGGUCAAGUUCACCUACAACGCUAAUCGAGAUACGCCUCUAGAUGAACCAGAAUUGUCCAUCAGACAGAAAGAUAAUGUCGUCUUCAUCAAGUACUACCCACAGAACAAGAUGUGGUGUAAAGUACAGAUGGGAAAUAGUGAAGGUUAUGUCCCCUCCUCAUACCUCAUUUCUACAGAACAAAAUGACCGAUUGCCAUGGCUGAAAGCCCCCUCUGCUAUACCACAAGAAAAAGUUGAAUACAAGCCAUACAAAUCAGCAUAUGCUAGAGAUACUCCUAAAGAGGCAGAACCGGCCACCAGUUAUAGAUGUGAUGUCUGUUGUAAGGACUUUAAUGGACCUCAGCCUUAUACCAUGCAUAUGAAAAGUAAGGCCCACAAAGAGGAGGUGGAGGCCCAAGAAGGGUAUUAAAAUGUAUGAAAGGGCCCCAGAAGUGGUAAAUAAGAAGAAUUAUGAGAUUAUAUUUUGAAAAUUUCUGAACAAUUCAUAUCAAGGUAAAGAAUUAUCUCAGGUGGAUGUUGCUCUGGUUCUCAGGUUAUGACCUAAUGAUAUUGUAGAAACAUAAACUAAUUAACAAUUUACAAUUUCACAAUUUAGUUGUAAUCAAAAUUGUAAAACUGUAAAUAUUAAAUGUAAUACUUGGAUAAAUAAUGUAAUACUGUGCUGAAAAGUCUUUUUUCCCAUUUUGUCUACUGAAUUGAAAGAAAGUUUACAAAGUAACAGCAUUAUAGAAAUUGUACAU